AUGGAGUUUUUUAACUCUGCUCUCGGGAAGAACAUCACCUUUGUGCGUCCUGCAUAUUUCAUGAUAAGUGGGUUUGUUGGUAUACCUAAUGUGAAGUAUUUCUAUGUCUUUCUCCUUUUUAUUUACUUUACUUCAAUACUGGGAAACUCUGUUGUAAUGAUUGUCAUCAUUUUUGACCAAAAUCUGAGAACUCCAAAACACAUUGCCGUUUUGAAUCUGGUUUUGGUGGACCUGUUUGGAAACACCGCUCUGGUGCCGAAACUCCUGGACAUCUUUCUGUUUAACCAUCCCUCCAUCUCUUACAAUGACUGCUUGACUUUCCUGUUUUUCUGCUUUGUCUCCCUCACAAUGCAAGCUCUUAACCUGGUUGCACUCUCCUACGACAGACUGAUAGCUAUCAUCUACCCACUGCACUACCAUGUUAAAGUGACCCACAGGUUAAUGCUGGGAUUAAUUGCUUCUUUAUGGCUUUUUGCUAUAUUUGUGACUCUCAUCGCGGUCGGCUUGCUUACAAGACUGUCAUUUUGUAAAUCUGUGGUUAUUAGAAGCUUUUUCUGUGACCAUGGUCCACUCUUCAAACUCAGCUGCAAUGAUGCUACCCCAAGUCAAGUAAUUGCUCUCGUUCUAGCAAAUGUAAUUCUUUGGAUUCCUCUUAUAUUUAUCUUGGGGUCUUACUGUGCUAUUGCUUAUGCUCUACUAAAGAUUACUACAACUAAGGAAAGAGUGAAGGCCUUUAAAACCUGCACAAGUCACCUUUCAUUGGUGAUGAUGUAUUUCCUCCCAAUCAUAGUGGUUUAUCGCUUCUCUGCAAUGAUUCAUCCUAACGCCAGAAUCAUGAUCAUGUCUCUGGUGUCUGUCGUUCCCCCCAUGUUGAAUCCAAUCGUUUAUGUUCUGCAGACAGAGGAAAUCAAAAAGUCUUUGAAAAAGUUUAUGAAAGUCAGAGGUCAGUUGAAAAUUUCUUCAAAAAAUUAA